AUGCCUCAACCAUGCGUUAUUGAUGGAUGUAAAUAUACGUCACGUGUUUUAUGUCAUUGUUGUAAUAAAAAUCUUUGUCUUGAACAUUUAAAAUGGCAUGAUGAAUCGAUUGAUUCUGAAAUAAAUCCAUUAGUUGAUGAUAUCAAUACACUUACUGAUCAAUUAAUAAAGUUAAAUAUUGAAGAAUUAACAGAUAAUUCUCGUGAAAAACUUAAUCAAUGGCGUGAUGAUUGUCAUAUGAUGAUUAAUAAAUAUUAUGAAAAAAAAUGUCAAGAAUUAAAUCAACAUUAUAUUCAACGAAUUGAUUCAUUACAGAUAGAAAUUGAUCAGAUACGAUCAAAAAUGAUGAAAUUCAUAUGUGAACAAAAUAUUACAAUAGAUGACCUUGAAACAUUAAAAUUAAAUAUAAGUGAUGUUAAACGAAAACUUAUUCAAAUAAAAAUAAAACCAAUGGAAAUUGAUUUUCAUCCAUUAAUAAUAAAUGAAAAUUUAAUUUCUAUUGAAGAACCUAAAUUAUAUGAAUUAGAUUUAUUAAAACUUUCAAAAGCAUAUAGAAAAUUUGAAUGUACUGAUGAAAGUUGGCCAGCAAUGGCUAAUAAUGAUCGAGUUUUAUUAAUAGAUCAAUAUCCAAAUAUUUCUUUACUUGAUCGAGAUUUAAAAACCAUUAAACAAUCAUCUUGGUCAUAUGGUUUUAUUCGUAGUAUGUGUUGGUCAUCAAUAUUAUCAAGUUUUAUUGUUAUUAAUAAUGAAAAAGAAAUUUUUCUUAUUAAAGAUAAUUCUUUAUCAAUUGAACGUAUUUCAAUGACUGAAGAACAUUAUUGGUGGUCUUGUACGUGUUCGGAUACAUCAAUAUUUCUAACAAAUGCAAUAAUGGGUACAAAUAUUUUUGAAUUUAAUCUUUUAUCAUCAUUUCAAUUAGUUAAACGAUGGAAACCUCCUUUAUCAUGUAAAAAAAAUGAAUAUAUUGAUGAUAUUACUUAUAAUAAUGGAACAUUAGCAUUAAUAAUUAAAGUUUCAUCAAAUAAUAUUGUUCUUUUAGAACUUCGAUCAUCAACAACACUUGAUCGUAUUUGGUCACUUCAACUUGGUAUUAAAAGAAAUUGGUUUCAACAAACUAUUCGUUGUUGUUCAAUUAAAUAUGAUGAAUGGCUUGUUAUUGAAGGAAAUACUUCACAUAUUUUUCAUAUUCUUAAUAAUGGAACAAUAAAAGCUAUGGGAAAAUAUAAACCAUCACCUGUAAAUGCUGUUCUUUUCGGUUCAAAUAUAUUAGCUAUAAGAACUAAAAUGAAUUUAUUUUUUUAUAGAUUAUAA